UAGGGGUGGGGAGUGAGGGACGAGCGGCGCGAGGAAGCCGGGCCGGACCCCCUCCGCCGCGGGCUCCCGAGAGAGGCCUGCCUUUGGGCCGCCCGAGGAGGCCGGCACGGUGCUCGGGUCCGAAAGGGAACUUUUCUUUCUGCUUUUGCACCGGGCGCGCUAUGAACCCCUGGGAGUCGGUGGAGCGCCAAGUAGGGGAGGCGAAAGCCGUCGCCACACUUCCCUUGUAAAGGUUGAACGGGGCCCUCUCCACCCCAGUCACUGGCCCCAGCCCGGAGAGUCAGCGGGGCUUGGUGCCCAGGGCCCAGGAGAACGCGCGGGCCGCCCGCUCAGCCCUGGGUUCAAAAGCAGCGUGGGAAGCGGCUGGGCACGCGGCCUGUGGAUUCGGAGGAGCCCCUUGGGGACCGGGGUCCCCAUUCCUACGCUUGAUCUGCUUCCAGCCUGAGACGCAUCCGUGGGGAGGCCCCGGGAAGAGGAUCUGCCACUGGGUCCCCUGACCGCGCCGCGCGCCCCUCUGAGGCCGUCCCUUCUCCGGACGCGUCCGUUUCUCUGAACGCCUACGGGGGCCGCCCCGGGGCACCGGGGCCUCGCAAGGCGCGGCGCCUCUCUCCCGCCUCGUGCUCUGUCUUUGGGUUUUUCUAGAGGGUCCUCAUCCCAGAUCCCCCGAGCUGGCCGGCGAGUCCCCCACCGUGAGCGGUGGCCGAUCUGCGCCUUUUGAGGGUAACUGCAGUGUGCGUUGUUUGGGGGUGACAGCAGCCACAAGUUUCGGGAGAGCGGGAAGUGUCUAGGAGCUUGGAAACGAACUUCUCCAACACUCCCAGUCCCCGAAAGCCCUAGCCUGGGGGUCUCAGGGCUGGGGCUCGGGCUGACCCGGCUGCGCUCGCCCGCUCCGGUUUCUCCUCCAACUCCGGCCACAGUAGAGCCGCUUCCGCUACUCCGGCCCGCGCGCGGCCAGCGCCGCCAGGGACCCCCCGCGCGUCCCCAGAGCCAGAGAGAGAGACGGAACUUCAGACAGUCAAGGCGCGCUGGAGCGGCGGGGUACUUGCCACAGGCCAUGGGGGCUGUUUCUCUCUUUCCUUUUUGGUAAACAAAUCGGGAGAAACUUGGGCCCGGCCACGAGUUCCCCACCCCCGCGCCCCGCCCCGCGGCACCGCCAACGCCACUGAUUAACUUCAAACAAACCCGGGCCGGUGUUGGUGCGCGGGUUGGCUAGCCGAGGCUGCGCCCGGGGGCUUCCAGAGCGGGGCCCGAGGAGGACCUGCCCCUCGGCCGCUGCGGGACGGGACCCGCGUGGAUGAGGAGCCCCGGGGAGGGGCCGGAUCAGUGUCUCAAUUUAAAAUGGUGAAUUACUCCUACGAUGAAGACCUCGAGGAGCUGUGCCCCGUGUGUGGAGAUAAAGUGUCUGGCUAUCACUAUGGACUGCUCACCUGUGAGAGCUGCAAGGGGUUUUUUAAGCGAACAGUCCAAAAUAAUAAAAGGUACACUUGUAUAGAAAACCAAAGCUGCCAGAUCGACAAAACACAGAGAAAGCGUUGUCCUUACUGUCGAUUUCAGAAAUGUCUGAGUGUUGGAAUGAAGCUGGAAGCUGUAAGAGCCGACCGCAUGCGGGGAGGAAGGAACAAGUUUGGGCCAAUGUACAAGCGAGACAGGGCCCUAAAACAACAGAAGAAAGCCCUCAUCCGCGCUAAUGGACUGAAGCUGGAAGCCAUGUCGCAGGUGAUCCAGGCCAUGCCCUCUGAGUUGAGCAUCUCCUCUGCGAUCCAGAACAUGCACUCUGCCUCCAAAGGCCUACCUCUGAACCACGCUGCCUUGCCUCCCUCAGACUACGACAGAAGUCCCUUUGUCACCUCCCCCAUUAGCAUGACAAUGCCACCUCCUGGCAGCCUGCAAGGUUACCAAGCAUAUGGCCACUUUCCGAGCCGGGCUAUCAAGUCUGAGUACCCGGACCCCUACAGCAGCUCUCCCGAGUCCAUCCUAGGCUACUCCUACGUGGACAGCUACCAGACCGGCUCCCCGGCCAGCAUCCCGCAGCUCAUCCUGGAACUUUUGAAGUGCGAGCCGGAGGAGCCGCAGGUGCAGGCCAGGAUCAUGGCCUACUUGCAGCAGGAGCAGGCCAACCGGAGCAAGCAUGAGAAGCUGAGCACAUUCGGGCUGAUGUGCAAGAUGGCGGACCAGACGCUCUUCUCCAUCGUGGAGUGGGCCAGGAGUAGUAUUUUCUUCAGAGAACUUAAGGUGGACGACCAAAUGAAGCUGCUUCAGAACUGUUGGAGUGAGCUCCUAAUCCUGGACCACAUUUACCGGCAGGUGGUGCACGGGAAGGAAGGAUCCAUCUACCUGGUUACUGGGCAACAAGUGGACCACUCCAUAAUAGCAGCACAAGCAGGCGCCACGCUCAACAACCUCAUGAGUCAUGCCCAGGAGUUGGUGGUAAAACUUCGCUCUCUCCAGUUUGAUCAACGGGAAUUUGUGUGUCUGAAAUUCUUGGUGCUCUUUAGUUUAGAUGUCAAAAAUCUUGAGAACUUCCAGCUGGUAGAAGGUGUUCAGGAACAAGUGAAUGCUGCCCUCCUGGACUACACCAUGUGCAACUACCCGCAGCAGACGGAGAAGUUCGGGCAGCUCCUGCUGCGACUUCCGGAAAUCCGGGCCAUCAGCAUGCAAGCUGAAGAAUACCUCUACUACAAGCACCUGAACGGGGACGUGCCCUACAAUAACCUCCUCAUUGAGAUGCUGCAUGCGAAAAGAGCCUAGGCCACAGCACCCCAGCAGCUCUGCUUUCCAAACAGAAGGAGACGGGGAAGAAGGAGGGAAUUCAAAGAAAUAAAAUACUCUGAAGUGCUCCAAGCAACACAUUAAAGACUUGGUUGGAAGACAGUGACUUUCCAAAGGCAUAAUCAUCAGAUACUUAACGGCAAAUAAAUGAUGUACCAGGGUAUUUGUAUUGCAAACUGUGAAUCAAAUGCUUCUCCUCCCCAAAGGAGUCCGUAUCAAAGACAUUGGAAGGAAAUGGACUGAGCUCACAGGUGGAUGCCAACACUGUCAGAAUAAAAAAUGGACAGAACAAUUCUUGUAUAUUUAAGCUGAUCUCCGCUAUGAAGAAAUUGAGGAACUGAUCUGCAUCGUUAAUUAGGCUCGUACAGUGGGGGAUCCUGAGCGUCCGGGAUUCCUCCAUGGUACGGCUGAACGGGACCCUCCGGAGGGCAUCAGCCGCACCUACAGCGGCCGCUCCCUCCACCUUCAAACGCCCCAGCACCUUCUGGCCCUGUGACCACCGAAUCUCUACCAGGGACCUGCGUUCUGCCACACCCAGUAGCGGCUCCAGCAGACCGUGAAAAGCCUGGUUUUGAAUGUGUGUGUCCUGGACUCCAAACAGCCAGAGAGCGCAGUCUGUCAAUAUGUUGAGCUCGCCAUCUAAGUGGUCAUGUCAACAAUCAGGCAGUGUCUCGCUUCUGUCUUACUCUGAGCCCUCAUUCGUGUUAAGGAAAGUGACUGCAAACUUUUCCAGCAAAUGCUCCCCUAGCUAAAGCAAGUGAAACCUUAUUUCUGCUGCUGUUGCUGAAAUGUGGCUUUCGCAUUGUUGGAUUUCAUUUAAAAAAAAAAAAAAAAAAUUCUGGCCAAACGGCUUGUUAGGAUGCAUCCGUCUUUCUAAUCAUCGAGGUUGGUAGUUCAUUUAAAAAUAAAGCGUUAAAUCUGUUUUGCUGGGAUGUCAAAACGGUCACAGUCCUAGGUAGUCAAAAACAAAACCGAAGCAUGUUGAGCUAUGCAAACAGGAAACAAAAGAUGAGCUGAUGGAGUCAUUGACUUACGAGUCAUUGCUGUUGCAGCUGAACCUCCCCGAAGCGUAGGGUGAUUGUUACCUAUGGCCUGGAAAGGAACGAGCAAUGCAGUCUUCCCCAAAGAGCAAAGGCAGGCUGACCUCCCCAGAGCAAAGUCUGCUGUUGAACAAAUAUUGGAGGACACAGCAUUGCAAACAGACUCUCCAAAAACACUAGCAGUAUUAUUAAUUAACAUGCAAUGCCGCAGGUACAAAAGUCUUGCCUUAUUUCAAAAUUCUAAAAGGUAGCUGUGCAGAUGUGGAUCAACAGUUGUUUAAAAUAAAGUAUUAACACUUUAAAGUCCAAUGAAACAUAGUGUUUACAUUCUUUAGGUCCUGGGGGGAGGGGCGGGGGGGGGUGAGCUGUGAUAUUACAAAAUAGCAAGAGCAGUAAUUUCCUUAAUGUUAUUUUUCUGAUUGGUAAUUAUUUUUAAUUAUUGAUGUCGUGAGACACUAAAUCAAAAACAGGAAUCUCAUUUAGACUUUAAUUUUUUGAGAUUAUCAGCAGCACAAUCACUUGUAGAAACUGUAAAAAAAAAAUAAAGGUAUCUCCUAGUCCCUUAAUUUUUUUCAUAAAUGUUUCUGGCUUUUGAAUAGUUUAUUUAUAUUGUAUAUCAUCGUUUCAACUGUAGACAAUUAUGAUGCUAAUUUAUUGUUCCUUGGUUUCACCUUUGUAAAAGAUAUAGCCAAGACGGAAGAAACCAAAUAUAUGUGUUUACUGUAGUGUGUUUUCAAGUUAGUGGAGCAUAGUUCAGGGACAUAGAUGGGUCUUCAUGAAUUAAAAUCAUUCACUUGAUUAAAUGUCUGUAAAUCUUCAUAAUUCUUACUGUAGUUUAUUUAAUAUCUAUUGUAAAUUAUGUGACUUGUAGCUUCCUGUUCUUAAGUAAAUUGAACAUGGUGGAGUCUUACCUGGUUUUCCUUUCUAAGCAUUGUAAGUUGUAUACCAAAGAUAUUAGUUAUUACUUCUGUGUGUACAAAGAGGAUUAUUUUAUUGCCUUUAUUAAUCACCUCUACCACUCGUCCACGUGAAGGGUACACAUUAGCUGAGCUGGGUGUUGGCUCACCUCGAGUCUCAGCCACCUGUGUUGGCUUCAUGGCGUGAGGUCAGCAAGAAAUGGCUGAGCAGCGCUCGGAGCCCCAGCACUGGAGUGGCAGCAGCAUUGCUCUCUCCAGUUAAGACAACACGUUGGUCUGGAGACAGCACAGAGAGGGGCAGUGUUGGCCACGGUGAACGAGACGGUGCCAGCGUGCGUGCAGAACACAGGUGGAAAGGAUCAUGAGAUUCGGAGGGUCUCUAACAUUGCAAAAACCAUUGAUUCUUAAGAUACAUGGUUCUCUUGAGUAUACAGUGAGUCCCCACUAAACAACGUCAAGCUUUUUGGGGGUGUUAACCUAGUCAGUUACACUAUGAGAACAGUCAGACAGGCAACACUAGGAUGACAUCCACACUGCUGGUGACACUAAGGACACGCCACAGACCCAUCCCGAGCUGGUGAUAGAAAUGUCUCUAAUGUUAACUGUUAACCAGUGUGCAGCCAGAGAUUUGCUUAGCAACUGCCUUAUCGAUUCCAGGACUUAGCGUUAGGGAAAGCAGCCUCAAUUAUGAAGGCUUUUGGCUUAGCUCGGUGUAUUACGGCUGAUCUCUGUAAACAGUCUAAUGUCUGAACGUCGGUGUUACCAAUCUCCAGCCGCUGCCUUGGGGUUGAAUCCACGCGAUAUUGAGUGUGACGUUUUCUUACUGUGUCAGUGAAACCACAUGUUGUCAUGUCAGUUCUUGCCAGGAAUUUCUCAACAUGGAAUUUUUUUUUCAGUAUUUCAAUAAAUAUCGAUAUGCCCAGCCUGAUAA